AUGGCCAUAGGGGUCUGGCAGCUCCUACUGGAUAUGGGAAUUAUGUUAUCAGUGGACCAGAAUUUAUACUUUCAAGAUACCUAUGUUUUCUACCAGUUUUCAUCUGAUGAAUGUAGCUAUUUGUACUGUGAAUUUGAAAGAGAAGAAGAAUGGCAGAAUGGUGUCAAACUUUUACUGCAACUUGUGCCUCUCAUUCCUGCCAAAGCUGGCAUCUGUGAGCUGUCUCAUCAGAAAAUUGAAGACUCAGAAGAAAGCAGUGAUGAAAUUCUUGCUCGUCUAACGUCUGCGGUGCAGAGAGAGCUUGCAGCUGUGAUUGCUUUGAAAGCAAGGAAGUCUGCAAUUGAACAAGAUGAAGACAAUGGUGACAAACACGUAAUUGUGGCAGAAGCUGAAGGUGUUCCAGAUUCUCAGGCAGGAGUGAUGUGCAAACUCCAGGAGAGAGAUGACAUCGGACGAAUUGAACUGGUUCAGAAGCUGGCAAGAGAAAACUGUCAGUUUUUGCAGACAGACAAAAAGGAACAGGAGAAAUCUGAACACCUGGAUGAGGAAGUGGCCACGGUCCAGGUGAAGGAGCAGGAGAGGAACGUCCUGGUGCUGAAGAAGGUGCAGUGCUGUGGCCCAGCCCCCCCGGCCGGCGGCAGCAGCAGCGCCGAGAGUGAUUGGAGAUACGUGGUCGUGUCCGGGACCCCCGAGAAGAUUUUGGAGCACCUUUUGAAUGACUUGCACCUGGAAGAAGUCCAGGACAAAGAAACAGAGACCCUCCUUGAUGACUUCCUUCUCACGUACACGGUCUUCAUGACAACUGAUGACCUGUGCCAGGCGCUACUAAGGCACUAUUCUGCUAAGAAGUAUCAAGGCAAAGAAGAAAACUCAGAUGUUCCUUGUCGGAAACGGAAGGUCUUACAUCUCGUGUCCCAGUGGAUUGCUCUAUACAAAGACUGGUUACAUGAAGACGAACAUUCCAAAAUGUUCUUAAAGACCAUAUACAGGAAUGUACUGGAUGAUGUGUAUGAAUAUCCAAUACUUGAAAAAGAACUGAAAGAAUUUCAAAAGAUACUUGGAAUGCACCGUCGUCACACUGUAGAUGAAUAUUCACCACAAAGGAAGAAUAAAGCCCUUUUCCACCAAUUCAGUCUUAAGGAGAACUGGCUCCAGCAUAGAGGAACUGUGACUGAAACAGAGGAAAUUUUUUGCCAUGUGUAUAUAACAGAGCACUCCUAUGUAAGUGUGAAGGCAAAAGUUUCCAGUACAGCACAUGAGAUCCUGAAAGUUGUAGCAGAAAAGAUCCAGCACGCAGAAGAGGAUCUGGCUCUGGUGGCCGUCGCAUUCUCUGGGGAAAAACAUGAACUUCAGCCAAAUGACUUGGCCAUCUCCAAAUCCCUUGAAGCAUCUGGUCGGAUAUAUGUCUACCGGAAAGACCUGGCUGACACUUUGAACCCAUUUGCAGAAAAUGAGGAAUCACAGCAAAGGUCGAUGAGGAUUUUGGGAAUGAACACUUGGGAUCUUGCUCUGGAAUUAAUGAAUUUUGAUUGGAGUCUCUUCAAUUCAAUCCACGAGCAAGAGCUGAUCUACUUCACGUUCAGCCGACAAGGAAGCGGGGAGCACACCGUGAACCUCAGCCUUCUGCUUCAGAGAUGCAAUGAAGUCCAGCUGUGGGUGGCCACGGAGAUUCUGCUCUGCGGCCAGCUGGGCAAGCGAGUGCAGCUGGUGAAGAAAUUCAUCAAAAUCGCUGCGCACUGCAAAGCCCAGAGAAACCUGAAUUCUUUCUUUGCUAUUGUGAUGGGUCUCAACACUGCUUCUGUGAGUCGGCUGUCGCAGACCUGGGAGAAAAUCCCUGGGAAGUUUAAGAAACUUUUCUCUGAACUCGAAAGUUUAACAGAUCCUUCCCUGAAUCACAAAGCCUACAGAGAUGCUUUCAAAAAGAUGAAACCACCCAAAAUCCCAUUCAUGCCCCUGUUGCUUAAAGAUGUAACAUUUAUUCAUGAAGGAAAUAAAACAUUUUUGGAUAAUCUUGUCAAUUUUGAAAAACUGCAUAUGAUUGCAGACACUGUCCGGACCCUGAGGCACUGCAGGACUAACCAGUUUGGUGACAUCUCUCCAAAGGAACACCAAGAGUUAAAAUCCUACGUUAACCACCUGUAUGUCAUUGACAGCCAGCAGGCCCUGUUUGAGUUGUCACACAGGAUCGAGCCUCGGGUGUGA